CCGGCCGGGGAGCCAAUGGGAGGGCCGGCGCGGGGUCGCGCAGGGGCGGCCGCCGGGCAUAAAGGCAACGUGGCUGUCAGCGGGGCGAGCGGGCUUGGCUGGCGGGCGAGCGAGAGCCUCGGGCAUGGCCGCGCUCAACGGGGCGGUGGAGAACGGGCAGCCGGAGAGGAAGGGGCCCCCGCAGCUGCCCCGGCCCAUCAAGAACCUGGAGGUCCAGUACACCAAGAUAUUUAUUAACAAUGAAUGGCACGAAUCCAAGAGCGGAAAGAAAUUCUCAACCUAUAGCCCUUCAAGGGCUGAGAAGAUCUGUGACGUGGAAGAAGGAGACAAGGCGGACGUAGAUAAAGCUGUGGAGGCAGCAAAAACUGCUUUCCAAAGAGGAUCGGCGUGGAGGCAAAUGGACGUCACCAGCCGAGGGAGACUCUUACACAAGCUGGCCGAUCUCAUUGAGCGUGACAGAGUUGUGUUGGCGACCUUGGAAACGACGGACACCGGGAAACCAUUCCUCCAGGCUUUCUUCAUCGACUUGGAAGGAUGCAUCAAGACACUCCGAUAUUACGCCGGGUGGGCUGACAAAAUCCAGGGGAAAACCAUACCCGUGGAUGAGAAUUUUGUCUGUUUCACCAGACACGAGCCUGUGGGUGUUUGUGGGGCAAUAACUCCGUGGAACUUCCCAUUGCUCAUGUUGAUCUGGAAGAUGGCACCAGCUCUGUGCUGUGGAAACACGCUGGUGGUUAAACCUGCUGAGCAGACACCCCUCACGUCCCUGUACAUUGGGUCUUUAGUCAAGGAGGCAGGUUUCCCUCCAGGUGUUGUGAACAUUGUCCCAGGGUAUGGCCCAACGGCAGGGGCUGCCAUAUCCAACCAUCCCAAUGUUGACAAAAUAGCUUUUACUGGAUCAACAGAGGUCGGGAAGUUGAUCAAAGAAGCCGCUUCAAAAAGUAACCUCAAGAGGGUGACUCUGGAGCUUGGUGGGAAGAAUCCUUGUAUCGUCUGUGCAGAUGCUGACUUGGACUUAGCAGUCGACUGUGCCCACCAAGGGGUCUUCUUCAAUCAAGGCCAGUGUUGCACAGCCGCUUCACGGGUCUUUGUGGAAGAGCCAGUCUACCCGGAAUUCGUCAAGCGCAGCGUGGAAUAUGCCAAGAAACGGCUCGUGGGGGACCCAUUUGAUGCCAAAACCGACCAAGGGCCACAGAUUGACCAAAAACAGUUCAAUAAAAUCUUGGAGCUCAUUGAAAGUGGGAAGAUGGAAGGAGCCAAGCUGGAAUGUGGCGGCUUGGCCAUGGGAGAUCGAGGCCUGUUCAUAAAGCCCACCGUUUUCUCGGAGGUCACGGACAACAUGCGCAUUGCCAAAGAGGAGAUUUUUGGACCGGUGCAACCCAUAAUGAAGUUUAAAAACCUUGAAGAAGUCAUUCAGAGAGCCAACAACACGGAAUAUGGACUCACCGCCGCCGUGUUUACAAAGAACUUGGACAGAGCCCUGACGUUAGCUUCGGCGCUACAAUCCGGGACAGUCUGGGUGAACUGCUACACUGCCCUUUACGCACAAGCUCCCUUCGGUGGCUUCAAAAUGUCAGGAAAUGGCAGAGAACUUGGUGAAUACGCUCUGGCAGAAUACACAGAAGUGAAAACAGUGACUAUAAAACUGCAGAAGACUCACUGAACAAGAGAACACCAGGAGACCUAAAAUUCUGACACUCUGAAUGUUAAUGUAUGGACUGGAGGGGGGGGGAAUGUGCUGAAAUUCACAGAGAGAACAAAAAUAAAUUCUUUAAAUAAAACUCGGGGGGGGGGCACACACCAAACCAACACCACAUUAUUUUACCUUUUUAGGACCUUGUCAUAGAAACCUGUUUUGUCAAUUACGUGUUCUCAAACUGACGUCCCGCACAAAUGAUCGUCUUACAUUAUCUUGCACGUGGCUCUGUAAUUUAAACCUGUAAAUAGAUCAACGUGCGCGGACCACAGUCAUGGCUGGAGGCAUGACCCAGACUUGGCUGUAGCCACGGAUCGAUAGCCCCCUGACCCCAGAGCCCGUGCUUUUUAACAGCGGCAAUACCCCCUCCCCAAAUCUCACAUGCUCUUUCCUGACCCUUUUAAAAUCUGUGUUAUAUUUUAAAACCCCGAUACACAAAGCACUUUGUCCAAAUCCUCUCUCUCCCUCCCUUUUUCACGUUUAGUACUGGUAGUGUCACUGAGCAAAUCAAGGCCGUAUUUCCUGGCUUACUUUGCACCUUCGGUAGAGGCCAGCCCAACUUUCCCCACCAGACCUCCUCCUUCACCUCACCUCACCUCACUUGGCCUCAUGAGUGAUCUACAAGAGUCACAAAUCACUUUGGGGUUCCAAUGUUCCCUCUAAGCUGUGGAGUCUUGUGAGCAAAAGUUCUACUUUGUGAGCUA